CCGGUAAAGUUUUUGAAGGCGAGUCGCAAGACAAGCACGUGUAGACAGUGUUUACAUUUUCUCUGAGGUUUAUUAUUCCUAAUCAUGGCCGAAUUCGUGCAACAGAGCAUCGAGGAGAUGCUUCCUGAGCUUGAACAGAUGGAAAGAAUAGGACUGUUUACGAAGGAAGAGACAAAUCAAAUAUUAAAGAAAAGGAGGGCAUUGGAGUAUAGAAUGCGCAGAAGAACAAAAUACAAAGAAGACUAUAUGCAAUACAUAGAGUAUGAAAAGAACGUCUUAGAGCUAAUUAGCAGAAGAAGGAAGAGUUCUGGGAUUCAUUACAAGAAGGUUGAAAUUGAUUAUGCCAUUGUUCAUAGAAUUCACAGACUGUACAGGCAUGUGAUUGCGAGGUUUCAGAGUGAUGUAGAAUUAUGGUUGUCACACAUCAAGUUUUCCAUAACGAGGAAAGAAAAACCUACUGUGAGCAGAAUAUUUACUCAGAUGCUUCAGGUGCAUAGCAAGAACCCAGAUCUGUGGAUAGCUGCAGCAAAGUGGGAGUUUGAGAACAAUAAGAAUGCAGAUAAUGCCAGGAACCUGAUGCAGCGGGGACUGAGAUUUAAUCCCUCCUCUAAACCUCUGUGGCUCGAGUACUACAGACUAGAGUUGCUGUUUGUGGAGAAACUUAGAAAGAGAAAAGAAUUAUUCCAAGCAUCAAAAAUGAAGAGUGAAGAACACAGUGAAAUACUAGAGGGAGCUAUCGCACAGAUUGUCUACAGGAAAGCUGUAGAGGCUUUUCCAGGGGACCUUAAAUUUGCCCUAUCCUUUUUGCCUAUCUGUAGGACAUUUGAUUUCAUGUCGAAACAGGAAGAUGCCAUGCUUGAAGGUUUGGAGACACUCUAUCCCAGUGACCCCUAUUUGUGGGAGGCUAAGGCCAAGAGACAGCUCGACAUUGACCAGGAUCAUCCUCUGGAAAUGUUUCAUAAAGUUUUUGAAGAGGCUACUGAAAAAGUGAAAGAGGAUGAGAUUUGGAGCCUAUACAUUUCGGCCUGUAUCAAGGUCAUUGAGAAGAAGUCACCUUUAAAUGAAGAUUUCAUUGACUUCAACCAGGAAAUUGGAAAACUUUUGGGGAUAUUUCAGUCAGCCUCAGAGAAAAUAUUGCUAUCUGCAGACUUGUAUAAACAAUGGGUUAAACUUUUACUUGACCUUGGAGAGGUCACCGAGGCAGAAGUAGUGCUUGAGGCGGCCGUGACCUCCCACCCUCAGUGUGUGUCGCUAUGGUUACAGAGACUGGAACUCAUGAUAAAGACCAAUGUUACAGAGGAUGUAGUCCUUAAGGCUUUUAAGAAGGCCAGGAAAAGGGUUUCUGAAAAGGAGAGCUACCCACUAUGGUGUUUAGUGUUGGAGUUCUGUACAGCAUGUAACCUAACACAAGUCCAGGAACUCUUUGAGUCAGGAAUCCUUGCCUGUAGAGAAGUUUGCAUACCUGUCAAAGAAACCUAUCUACAGUGGACCUACCUGAGGGACGGUGUCAAGGCAGCUCGUCAGCUAUAUACAAGGCUCCAGCAUUUAAAGCCCUUGUCUCUGGGUUUUUAUCAUCUUUACAUCCAGGUGGAAAAAUCACAGGUAAACCAGAAGAUACAACAUUUGAGAUCAGCGUAUGAGGAUGCUAUAAAGGAAUAUGGAUCAUCAGACUCAGGUAUCUGGAUUGAGUACUUCCAGCUGGAGUCGGAACAUCCGGAAGGAAGUGCGGAGUCGGCAGCUCAGAUACACUUCAGAGCUCUUCGGUGUUUGGAAGGAGAAGAAAAUGAAAAAUUUGUCACAAAACAUACACUUAUGCAGACUGGACACCUUAGAUAAUUCUGAUAUUUAGUGUUUUAUUUACCAUGUUCUUGUAUAUAUCAUUAGAUAAUAAAAGUAUAUGUACAGUAUAGAUGAAUAUGGUAGCUUCUCAGAAGAAGUUAAGCUUUGUACAGUGGCACUGUCCAAGUAAAUAAAGUAACUCUGUUGAAGGCAUAAGAGUUUUAAUGUCUCUUAAUGAUUAUAAGAAAGAAAUGAAGCAUGGGUAAUCUAAA